CGGAGGCGGCUCAGGUGCGGCGGCGGCGCGGAACCCGGAGGGAGCGCGACCAGGGCGUCGCCGGGUCCCGCGUCCUGCGCGCCGACUGGAAAGGCGUGUUCGUUUGUGUUCGCGCGCUACCAGGCUUCCGAGAAGCAUUUCUCUUCCUCCUCCUUCUCCCAGCGGUGGAACCUGUUUGAGGAAAACUUUCCGUGCGCGCAGAAAUAAGCUCUCUUCACAAGUCUGUCAGAGCCCCAGAUUCAGGGGUACGCCGGGCUUGGAGCGUGUGUGAGACGGCGCCUUCGGACGCCUGACGAUCUGUGGAAGAGGGAAAGGAAGGGCAUGCGGACGGCCGAGAUCGAGAGCAGAUGCGUGGCCGGCGGGGCAGAGCAGUUUCCUUCAUAUCCUGGCAUUUGACUUUGAGCCAUUGGAGCCAUGAGCAACUACAGUGUGUCCUUGGUUGGCCCAGCUCCAUGGGGCUUCCGGCUGCAAGGUGGCAAGGAUUUCAACAUGCCUCUGACAAUCUCUAGUCUAAAAGAUGGUGGCAAGGCAUCUCAGGCAAAUGUAAAAAUAGGAGAUGUGGUUCUCAGCAUUGAUGGAAUAAGUGCAAGUGGAAUGACUCAUCUGGAAGCCCAGAACAAGAUUAAAGGUUGUACGAGCUCCUUGAAUAUGACUCUACAAAGAGCAUCUGCCACAUCCAAGCCUGAGCCAAUUUCUGUUCAAAAGGGAGAACCUAAAGAAGUAGUUAAACCUGUGCCCAUUACAUCUCCUGCUGUGUCCAAAGUCACUUUCACCACCAACAUGGCCUACAAUAAAGCACCACGGCCCUUUGGUUCUGUGUCUUCACCAAAAAUCACAUCCAUCCCAUCACCAUCGUCCGCCUUCACCCCAGCCCAUGCAACCACCUCAUCACAUGCUUCCCCUCCACCUGUGGCUGCUGUCACUCCUCCCCCAUCCUCUGCGUCUGGACUGCAUGUUAGUGCCAGUCUUAGUGCUGACCGGUGUUCACCUGCGCUGAGCGCUGGUAAAGCUGCAGUUAAUGUCCCACGGCAGCCCACAGUCACCAGCGUGUGUUCCGAGACUGCUCAGGAGCUAGCAGAGGGACAGAGAAGAGGAUCCCAGGGUGACAGUAAACAGCAAAAUGGGAAAUUCCCACCUAAACGCCCACCAAGGAAACACAUUGUGGAGCGCAAUACGGAGUUUUACCACAUACCCACUCACAGUGAUGCCAGCAAGAAGAGGCUGAUGGAGGACACUGAAGACUGGCAUCCAAGGACUGGAACAACUCAGUCCCGCUCUUUCCGCAUCCUCGCCCAGAUCACUGGGACUGAACAUUUGAAAGAAUCUGAAACUGAUAAUACAAAAAAGGCAAAUAAUAUUCAGGAGGCUUCUCAACAGUUGGCUCCACCUGCAGCUCUAACUCGGAGCGGGCCUGAGAGCUCAGAGAGCGCAGGCCCCAGCAGACCAGGGGCAACCAGCCUCACGGCGGCUGCAGCAUUCAAGCCCGUGAGCUCCACCAGCGCAAUCAAGUCUCCAGGCUGGCAGCGGCCAGACCAAGCAGCACCUUCUACUGGGCAAAUGUCAAACAGUGCAACUUCCUCGGGAGCAGGGGCACCAGUGAGCUCGGUUGUAGGCCAGCCCCAGCCAAGUGACCAGGAUAGUUUGGUGCAAAGAGCGGAGCACAUCCCAGCAGGAAAACGAACUCCAAUGUGUGCCCACUGUAACCAGGUCAUCAGGGGACCAUUUCUAGUGGCACUGGGGAAAUCGUGGCACCCAGAAGAAUUUAACUGUGCUCACUGCAAAAAUACAAUGGCCUACAUUGGAUUUGUAGAGGAAAAGGGGGCACUGUAUUGUGAGCUGUGCUAUGAGAAAUUCUUCGCUCCUGAAUGUGGUCGAUGCCAAAGGAAGAUCCUUGGAGAAGUCAUCAAUGCUUUGAAGCAAACUUGGCAUGUUUCCUGUUUUGUGUGUGUGGCCUGUGGAAAACCCAUUCGUAAUAAUGUUUUCCACUUGGAGGAUGGUGAACCCUACUGUGAGACUGAUUAUUAUGCCCUUUUUGGCACUAUCUGCCGUGGAUGUGAAUUCCCCAUAGAAGCUGGAGACAUGUUUCUGGAAGCUCUAGGCUACACCUGGCAUGACACGUGCUUUGUGUGCUCAGUAUGUUGUGAAAGUUUGGAAGGACAGACAUUCUUCUCCAAGAAAGACAAACCACUGUGCAAGAAGCAUGCUCAUUCUGUGAAUUUUUGAAAGUCAACAGUUAGGGAAAGAGAAUAAAUUUGAAGAAAAAAAGAGGAAAAUUUAAAUUACCAAUUAAUUUUUAGAUAUAAUAUUUAUAUAGAGUUUUGAAAAUAAUACUGGCCCUGAAGGAAUAAAUUCCAACAUUAAAAACCAAGUCUAGGGCCUGGGAUUUAGCUCAGUGGUUCCGCUGCCUGCCCCGCAAGAGCAAGGAUGGGAGUUCAAUCCCCGGUACCAAAAACAAACAAACAAAAAACCAAGUCUGUGAUGAAAUAUUUGGCUUUGUAAAGGAAAGAGACAGUUUGGCAUUUUUUAUUACUUUUUCCUAUAUUUUCUGCCUAUAAAAUAACCUUUAUAAAAAUCAUUUUCCUGGUUGACUAUUAAAUUCAUCAUAGAAUAAAUUAGCAAAGAAUUAAAUUUUAGGAAAAAUAUCCCAGCCUCUAUGCUGAAGUAAUUACAUUUUCUUUCCUUGUUAGGAGUAAAUCUGCAAAGGGCAAUGAAAAUGCCUUAAACUUUAUAAAUAAGAGAAUCAUUGUUUUUUUAAAAAAGCUGGUUAUCUUUAAAAUAGCAAGUAGGAGUUUAAACAGAAUUUUAUCAGUAGGAAGUGUCAGAUUUUAAACAAAUGGGUAUACUUUUUUUCUUUUUUUGUAUUAUCGUUGAUCAUUUCAGUAAGAAAUGCCAGGGAGAUUUUUGGUCAGAACGUGUCAUGUCUGGAAGAGAUGUUACACUCUCCUUCAUCUUACCCCCUCUCGGUAGUUGCUGUAUAGUUUAUCAAUCCCAAAUGUUUGCCUUUAUUAAAAUGGGACUACUUUAAUCAUGGUGUAGGCUUUAUCACCUGUAUUAGUCAAACUUCAGUUUUUCCCUUUCCCCAUAGUGAAACAGAGCUAAUGAAAUAUUUUGGACUCUUAACAGUUUUCUCUUUUUAAAAUGAAUAAAUAAAAAAGAACAUGGUUAUAAAUUAUGGUAAAUGAGAGGAUUGUACCUUAAAAGUACAAACAAAAAAUACAUUUCCUCCUUUCCAGAUUAUAAAUCAGAUCAUUUUUAGAUUUGGACCACUGACCAAAGAUCAGAGAGCUUAUUCUGCAGAAUCUUUUUUUCCCUCAUUCUACAUUAGAAUUGGCUGAGAGUUUAUGAUUAAAUCUAGACUUUUUUUUGGUAGUUCUCUCAAUGAUGAGUGAACCACUUCCAAAUUUGAUCAUGAAGUCUGGAAACCUUUUAUUCACAGAGGUUUGGUCAUAUAGGACGGAAAUGUGAUUGAUUACUCAGACUGGCCUCUAAUUUGUUUUCCUCUUUUGUGCAAAGAAUUGUAUAAAUACCACAUGGACAUAGAAACAGCUCUACUAAAACUGUGGGUACUGUUGAUAUUUGCCCAGUUAGAGAACAGGUUGUGUACAGCAUUUGGUAGUUUUCCUCUUUGUUUUCUAGAAUGGAUGAAAGCCUAUGAUCCCACUGAGUUAUAGUUAAAUCUUGUUUGGGGCAAGGUGUUUUUAAAGUCAAGACAGAGUCCCCAAGUCAGUCCUUCCUGCCCCAUCGCUCACCAAGAACUUUACUUCCAUUGUGUGCAUGUUUGCUAUAGAGGAGGCUUUAGGCUACAAUAUUUGUUUAACCUCCCUGAGAACUUACAAGACAUCUGUCCUGAAAGCUGUUAAUUUAGGGUCUAACAGGUUUAUUUUAUAUGCAGAUAAUAAUUAACUGGGGAUAAAGGAAUAGGAAGGGGUGACACAAAGUAGCAAACUGAAUGCUUCUCCAGUAGCAACCCUGAGUACCUCCUCACCCUGCAUUAUGUGGGGAGGCAGGAAAUUUCUUUUAAAAUAAAGUGCUGGAACUGAAUUGUGCAUUAAAUCUCACUGCUGCUGAAACCACCUAUAGAUGACUUGCUGGCUUAUGUGCAUCUUUACAUACUUUAAUGUCAGUCUUUUACUUUAUACAAUACAAAAUAUUGGUGGUUUUGUUUUGAUAUGAUAGCUUUUUGUUGUUUAGUUGUGCCAUGAUAAUAUUUGAUAAGUUAAUGGCAUUUGACUAUUUUCUUGCAAGAAUUUUAUUUGAUCUGAUUUCUGUAAAGUAAUCUUUCUAUAAGGAUAUCAUUUUUAUUAGACCUUUUAUCCUACAUGUUAUUCAUGGAGCAUUUCUACACAUUUUAAUCCCUAAAAGGGUUGCUUCCUAAUUUAUCACUUUUCUUUGUGCUUUGUCCAUUUCUUCUGGGGCAAGGCUUUAUAUCUGUUCCUAACACAGUUAAUCCUGUGAAAUAAAUAUCGACCUUAUUCCAGAAGAGUCUCUGUAUUUACCAGUAGGGAGUGCCAUAUUUAAUUCACCAGCAUUAAUCUUUUAAUAACUGGCAGAGCACUUUAUUCUUCUGGUGGGCUUCCUGAGUAUUUAUUUUUCUGAUAAUAAAUAUCCUGUCAGUAGCAUUUUUAUUAUUUUUCACUGUAGAGCACUGAGUUUUAGUCUCUCUGGAUGUAUAUUUUGGGAUGCUGUACUUGGUAAGACAGAGAUAAACACUACAGUACAUGAAUAAAAUCUCCCCUACUUGGAUUUAUCAUUUCAGAAACUUUAGUGAUGGCUUCAGAUGUGCAUUAUUUCUGUGGUCUAGACUUACGUGUUGCCCACUGAGGUAGCAAAUUAAAAAUUAUCCCUUCUGCUCAUUUAUAGUAACAUACAUGUUUUCUGUUGAUUAAUUGAUUAGAGUUUAAAACUGAAACCUAAUCAUUUGGUUACAUAAAACAUAGAAAUAACAGUUAAAAUCUUCAAAAUGUUAGUAUAGCCUUAUGUUUAAAAUUAUCCACAAUAAAAAUGUGCAGUUUUCAAGGAAUACUGUAUUAGCAUUUUAUAGAAAAUAAUUCCUUUCUUUCCUCCUAUUCAAGUGCGAAUCCAGCCCUUGAAUUUUUGCGGCAUUUGGCAUUAAUUAUCCAGAAACACACGGAAGGGUUUCACGCUAUUCUAACCUGGCUUCGGUUUGUCCUCCUCGUCCCCAGUGUUUGAAUUGGAUUCUUAAUGUAUAAUUUGCUUCAUCUGUUAAUCUGUCUUCUGUUUAAGUUUUAAGUUUGUAUAUGUCUGCUCUUUUGCUUUUGGUUAUCUUUUCUAAUGAAAAAUCACAUGAGAAAUAUAAUCAGUAGAAUGAUACUUUAAUGUGCACAUAUUCAAUAAAUAAAUGACUGCAGUGGUGUA